CUGGUGACGAGAGCGCUGAACCUUCAGGAACAACUCCGGCGCUAGAGCAGACGACGCAGUAUCGCCCGCAGACAGAGGCCCACCCCAAAGAGUUCAUAGAAUGUACCCUCUUUGUCCACCCGGAAGUUGUAGAGGCGGUCAACAAGUCUUUGCCCUGACCACUAUGAAGGAAUUGUUUUACAACAACCAAUGAAACGCGGAGAAUGGGAUUUCUACCUUCCAAGAACGCUGCGCGUGAAGUUGUAGGAAAAUUUGAUGAGCGGAGGGAGUUUGAGGGUACAUUAAGUGAACUUACUUCUUGGAAAACAAAACAACAACGCUAUUUUCAAUGGGAACAAGGUCAACAAUGGAAUCUUUUAAAUAUUGUUCUAUUUUCACACGUCUUUAUUGGUGGGGAAGACUAGAUCUACCAGCGAUUGGGGGGGGGGUUUGAGUUGCUAAGCGUUUACCUUACUGAGUCUUUAUUUUGAAACUGUCAACGGACAAAGAGGUUCACACCAGGUUGUCUUCAACCCGUCUUCCACAUCCCCAGCACCAAGGAAGGCAAAGAUGCAACCUUCCAGUGGAAAGUUUACGUUGUCGUAUGCUGGGGACAGGGAGGAUGUGCUCAUGACAAACUUACUCAGACAAGGGACAGAUCAUCUGACCGUCACUGGGGACUUGUAGACCAGACUACGAUCUACUAACGUGUCAAAGAAAAGACGACAGAAGCUGCCAAGAGGAAUCAUCUUGCUGCAUGACUCCACCACAAUUCUCCAUCACACAGACCGGGUAAAGACAGCUCAGACACAAACCAGUGUGUCUCCGACAUUCUCCCACACACCCACCCUACUCACAGGAUACACCACCCUCUAGCUUUUGUCUGGUCCUAAAUCUGAAGAAAAAAAAA